GGCCCCGCAGGCCGCCCGCCAGGGCACGGCGCUCGCCGCCCGGCAGAGCAGCCGAGAGGAGGCGGUGCUGUCGUCCCAGAGCGGCUCCGCUUCCGUCUCCGGUGCCGCCAUUUCGCCGUGAGACAGCAGCGAUGGCAAUGUUGUCCGCCGCGGGAUACGGGCCCUCCCGGCCUGAGAUGGGCUAUGAGCUGGACGGGCCCGUACAGCAUUACCGCUUCUCGCCCUACACCUUCAACGGAGGGACUGUGCUGGCGAUUGCUGGGGAAGACUUUUCUAUUGUUGCCUCUGACACGCGGCUCAGUGAAGGCUAUGCAAUUCACUGCCGGGACAGCCCAAAAUGCUACAAACUAACAGAACAAACGGUCAUUGGAUGCACUGGUUUCCAUGGUGAUUGCCUUACCCUUACUAAAAUUAUUGAAGCGAGAUUAAAGAUGUAUAAGCAUUCCAAUAACAAGACCAUGACUACUGGGGCUAUUGCAGCAAUGCUGUCUACAAUCCUGUAUUCUCGACGCUUCUUUCCGUACUAUGUUUAUAACAUAAUUGGUGGACUUGAUGAAGAAGGAAAGGGAGCAGUAUAUAGCUUUGAUCCAGUGGGCUCAUACCAGAGGGAUUCUUUCAAAGCAGGUGGAUCAGCAAGUGCCAUGCUGCAACCUUUGCUGGAUAACCAGAUUGGCUUCAAGAACAUGCAAAAUGUGGAACAUGUACCUCUGACCCUGGAAAAGGCUUUGCAGCUGGUUAAGGAUGUCUUUAUUUCUGCUGCUGAGAGAGAUGUGUACACUGGGGAUGCACUUAAGAUUUGCAUUGUCACAAAAGAUGGAAUUAAAGAGCAAAGUAUCCAAUUGCGAAAAGACUAAUUCAGUUCCCUUAUAAACAAGUAUUCUAUAAUGUACAAUUUACCUGUGUUAUGAAGACAUUGGUCUUAUUAAAUUUUUUGAAGAAGUUCAACUACUGUAA